AUGCAUAUUUCAGAUGUCAUUGGUCAAGUGAUCAGUCUUCGUGACGUCCAAAGUGUCCAGGUAUCUGGGAAAGAUAAGAAGAGAGUUGAAUUCCGCUUGCUUGAAACCAAUGGUCAAAGCAUGGCUUGUUGUUUGUGGGGCAAGUAUGCAGAACAGCUUGAAGAGCAUCUACAAAAGUCAAAUUAUCCUAAUAUGGUGUGCUUGAUUCGAUUUGCGAAAAUUGGUUUUUACAAAGGAGAUGUGAAAGUAACCAAUGCAUUUGAUGCAUCUCUUAUCCAAUUCAAUCCUGAGUUUCCCGAAACUCUUGCUUUAAAGCUGAGUUGUAAGAGCAAAGCCUUAAUACUCAAAUCUAAGGAAGGUGGAAUUUUGUUUUCAAAUGAGAAGCCAUUGUUCUGGUGCACAUCUUGUCAUGCUACGGUCACGAGUGUAGCACCAAAGUACAAACUGCAUAUGUUUGUCAAAGAUGACACAAGUACUUGCAAACUGAUGAUGCUUGAUUCUGUUCGUAAACUCAUUGUCGGAUGUGAAGCUGAAGAACUUUGGGAUGGCUCCUAUGAUGAAAUUGAAGAUCCGACAUAUUUGCCUCAACCUAUUCGAGAUUUAGUUGGUAAAUCUCUGUGUUUUGGUGUCACUCUUAGUUCUGAAAAUGUUGCAAAUGGAUCAGAUGUCUUUCUGGUUUCACAAGUUUGUUCUGGGGAUAAGAUUCUUCAGAUCGAGUCAAAUUCAGACCCCAUGACUCAUGUUAUGGAUGGUUCAUCAAUCACGUCUGGUGGAGAGGUUUAUGUGUCGGAAAAGAACAGUCAGAAUUCAUCUGAAGGAACCUCAACCCCAUUCUCAAAGCACAAAGAAAAAGAUCAACUUGAUCAGAAUUCGACUUCAAAGAAAAUUUGUUCCAAGUCUGUCAAGAUGGAGAAAAUUAAAGAUGAUUAG